CGAGCUCUCUCUCUCUCUCUCUCGUAUACGUCAGCGCCACAGAGGAGUCUCUGAAGCGCAAACUCUUUCUGGGAAGAAGGAACUCAGUAGGUGCGCAGAGGGAGGAGCGGCAUCUAUCUCUGUAGCACAAGCUAUCUUAUGAUUCUUAUCUUAUCUCACACACGGACGGAAGCUCUUUCUGGGACUUGACGUUUUUCGGGGAAGGAGGAUUUUGGUUGCUGCUCCGAGUACUGGCGAUUACAAAAACUGUUUUCUGGGAAGGAGGAAUUGGAAUUCGGUUGCGGCACCCGACUACUCACAAUCACCUGGUGAAGUAUCGAGUCAGUGAUUCCACACGUGUUGCUUGAUGUCGUCACAUGAAGAAAUGCAGGGACAGGAAGGCGAAAGCGCCUCUCGGCUAGUGGAGAAUCUAGAGGUGGGCUCUGUACAGAGAGCAGGCAACGACAGCAGUAGCUAUGGCAGAAGUGAAGGGGGGGAGAGAGGAGAUGAACGAACUCUGCUUCACAUGUCUGUGGCUACAGACAGCACGACGGGCGGUUCCGUAAGAUUUCCGCUCCAGCGGCCGCACCUGAAAAAACUGGAGAAAGUCCGCGAAGAUGAAAGUCGAGGGAGCGACGGCGGAUCGCAGAUGUGGCAGGUCUACGUGGUCGCAGGGUAUAUUGCGUUCCAGUUCGUCAAACGGUGGUGGAUGGGGAGAUCCGAGGAUCGACAGCAACCCCCUCCAUCUCAGCGACGAUGACUGCAGGAGUCAGUUUGCACUGUCUGGAUGGAGCAUGAACCAGAAUUUUGUAAGGGAAAGGGGGCACAUACGCACUUGUACUAUUUCGAACGAAUGUUGACCUAUACGCAGUCAGGUGGGUCACGGAAAUUACUUGUGUGAGUGUGUGCCCUUUGAUCAAUUAUAAACCGCUGUACGUUCCACAUUUAUGAACAUCACAGGAAGGAGAGAAGGAGAGAAGAGGGAGAGAGAAAGCUAGCUCUGGCGACGAAAGAAUGGCUUGGCUACAGGCAUGUCAGAGAAGGAGAGAGACGGUUCGCAUGCAGAUCUG